UAAAACCAUAAAAAAAUUAUAAAAAAAAAAAACAAGUGAAACACUGUUGUUGCUUUGAAGUCUCUCUCUCGAACUGCUCCGUCCGAACACGCCGUGCUCCCGUCCGCCUACAGAACCAAAAAGUGUACGCUAUAUUCGAAUAACAGCAAACAAAGACGAAGAAAUAGGUUUGAGUGCGAGUGAGUGAAGAAACAAAGACAGAAAAUCUUGCUCUUAACUUCCAUGGCUCUCUCUAACGCUACACAAGUUACUACCUUCAAUCUCUUCAAAACCAAUCCUCAAAAAUCACCACAUACUUUUCUUUCUUCCCAUAUUUCCUUUCCUUUGAUUUCUCUCAGUGGUUGCGCCUGCAAAUCCGCCACCAAAAUGUUUGGAGUUCAUUCCACCGACUUAGAACUCUCUAGUUUGAUGGCUUUGUCUCCAUUGGAUGGUCGUUAUUGGGGAAAAGUUAAGGACUUGGCUCCUAUCAUGGGUGAAUAUGGACUUAUUUACUUUAGGGUCUUUGUUGAGAUUAAAUGGUUGCUGAAGCUUUCUGAAAUUAGUGAAAUCACUGAGGUUCCUGCUUUUAGUGAUGAUGCUAAAUCUUUCUUACAAGGUUUGAUUGAUGACUUUAGUGAUAAUGAUGCUAAGGAGAUUAAAAAUAUUGAGAAGCAGACAAACCAUGAUGUUAAAGCAGUGGAAUAUUUCUUGAAGAACAAGUGCCAAGCAAAUGCUGAAGUGGCUAAGGUGCUUGAGUUUUUUCACUUUGCUUGCACAUCUGAGGAUAUAAAUAACCUAGCUCAUGCCUUGAUGUUGAAAGAAGCAAUGAACUCUGUUAUGUUUCCUGUCAUGGAUGAUAUAAUCAAAGCUUUGUGUAGAAUGGCCAAAGACAAUGCUCAUAUUUCUAUGCUUUCUCGUACUCAUGGGCAGCCAGCUUCACCAACAACUCUGGGGAAGGAAAUGGCAAUUUUUGCUGUGAGACUAAGCCGAGAAAGGAAGGAACUGUCUCAGAUUGAGAUUUUGGGGAAAUUUGCAGGUGCAGUUGGAAAUUACAAUGCACAUUUUUCUGCAUAUCCUGAUGUUAACUGGCCUCGUGUUGCAGAGGAGUUUGUAACAUCUCUUGGAUUAGGUUUCAAUCCUUAUGUUGCUCAGAUUGAAACUCAUGACUACAUGGCAAAGAUUUUUCAUUCAUUCAUCCAAUUCAACAAUAUAUUAAUUGACUUUGAUAGAGACGUUUGGGGCUAUAUAUCUUUGGGCUUCUUUAAGCAGACCACUAAAGCUGGGGAGAUUGGGUCGUCAACUAUGCCUCACAAAGUGAAUCCCAUCGAUUUUGAGAACAGCGAAGGCAAUUUAGGUGUGGCUAAUGGGGGACUUUCUCAUCUGAGCAUGAAGUUGCCAAUUUCACGUUGGCAGAGGGAUUUGACUGAUUCAACUGUCUUAAGGAACAUGGGUGUAAAUUUAGGUCAUUCUCUUCUUGCGUAUAAAAGUACACUUCAAGGAAUUGGGAAGCUUCAGGUCAAUGAAGCUCGCUUGAGCGAAGACUUAAACCAGUGCUGGGAGGUGCUUGCUGAACCAAUACAAACGGUUAUGCGAAGAUAUGGUGUUCCCGAGCCUUACGAAAAGUUAAAAGCACUAACCAGAGGGAGAGCGGUUACCAAAGAAAGCAUAAGAGACUUCAUUGAAGGCUUAGAUAUUCCACAAGAUGCAAAGACCAAUCUCUUAAAAUUAACACCACACUCUUAUGUCGGAGCGGCCGCUGAAUUGGCCAAAACUGUGGAACACACAGUGAGUAAUAUUGUGAAUGGAAUACUCUUCGAAACAAGUUGUUGAAACUUGAAACAGAUCUAUCGAGAUUUUGAUAAAUUAGUGAGACUAAUUUCUAUCAUUGCAAUUUUGUGACCUGAUCCUGACCAUCAUUAGACAAGUUGUUUCAUUUUUGAAAAAGAAAAGGGUAUGAUAUUUAGUGAUUAUGAAAAACCAUAUUGAUGUAGAAUGAUGUUCUGAUGAUUUAAUUUUUGACUGAUACGAAAGUUGUAUUGUUGAAUUUGUAAGCGUUAGAGCUUAAUAAGAACAUAGGCCUGAUCUGUUGUGGAUUGACUCCAAAAUAACAGAUUUUGUGAAAUCUAUUUUGAUCUCAAGUAUAUUAAAUGCAUUUGGAAAAUUGCA